GAUUUUUAGAAAAAUUGGCGGUUUGUGUCAUUGUUUUCUGCUUCCCAAACGGAUCAUGAUAUUUGCCAGACAUAUUAACAAAUGUUAACCCGGAUUUAACUUCAACGGCAGCGUUUUUUUUUUUUAAAUAACGUAGCUGCUUCUUGGCAGUGCUUGUUAUUUGAGUUGCGCCCUGUUGUUAAAGUUAGCGAAGUGUAAACGUUGUGGCUAGCAGGGAGGCUAGCUGAACAGGGGUUUUCUGGAGCUUUGAAGUCGCCACGGGCGGACGCACGUUCACGGUGCUUCUGAAUGAUGGCGAACCCGACACUGAUGCAGAAGGAGAAUGGGCAGUAUUUGUGGUUUGGUCUCCUCGGGCUGGGAUUUCAGCCGGCCGCUGCAGUUUUGUCGGUCGCUGGCAAAACCAAUAUUAAUGCUAAACACGUCAACGUAGGGCCGAACAUGUUCGAGAAACCCAACAAAGAUGCCUUUUACAUAGUAACCCAUUUCCUGUUGGAGAAACUCAACCCGACACGUUUCCAUGAGGCAUACAGGCACUGCUGGCCUGUUUUAAACCACAAGGCGGACGCUGAGUUCCGUAAAGUUACCUGCGCUUGGCUGCGAGAAAUAAUGGAUGAAACCGCAAAUGCAGGAUCCAAAGUGGUGGCGUCGUUGUUUCUCUCACCCGGAGGCCCCAAGUUUACCAGCUUGAUGCUUCAUUUGGUGAAUCAUGUCAUGCUGCAGGAAAUGAAGACAUUCACCACAGAUGACAGCUGGCUUCCUGAGGCUGCGGCAGUGCCCGCUUCAACCUUGGACGUGGCAAUUAGGAGGUUCAAUCGGAUCCAUACCAGGUUUUUGAAAGCUGCAGUGGAACAGGAUCGUUUUCUCCAGGAGUACCAGAGACGGGCUCAACUUCUGGUGAAGUCUAUGAAGGACAUCAAAGCAGACGGUGCCAAGUAUGAUGAGCUGCUCAAACGCUACAGCAGCGAUUGUUCUCAGGAGGAAACUUCUGCAGCUGAGAAGCUCAAAAAGGUUCGCGCCUUGUGGUCGGACAUUGAUGGAAUGCUGUUGACCAUCAAAGAGGAGCAGAGCGCCAUGGAGAGUGUUUUGAAAGGGGAUGUAGAUCAAUACAUCCUUGACGGGAUGGAUCAAGUUCUUAAAAUUCCUGGCUGCCUGCUGGAGAGAAUUGAACAGCUCCCACAUCAGUUAAGUUCGGGGAACAUGUAUGAAGCCAACCAGCUGAAUCUCCUCUGCGUGAUGGAGCUGAUGACCCACGCACUGCAGCUUUUGAAGGAGGAACGUUGUCGGGUCUCUCACAUCCCCAAGCCCCAGCUCAGCCCUCACCACCUGCGAGAGAAGUGUCACCAGAUGGGUCGUACACUGCAGGACCUCCACCUCAUCAGGCAGAAGAUUUCUAAGGAAGAAAUUCCUGAAGUCAGGAAUGCCAUUCAGGAGUUGGAGACAGAGUGGGACAAGAAGUGGAUGGAUACUCUGAAAAAUACACCCCUAGUCUCUUUUCUCAAUGAAGAUCCUGCUCUUAGCUUCCUCUCACCAAUGGCUCCACUAUCCUUUAAGCCGGCGGCUGAAGCAAGCUACAAAAGUAGUGUGUUCUCGCAGUACCCUGCUAAACUUCUUGAAGAGAAGCACACCGAGAGUAAAUCACAGGAAGGUGUCAGUGUUAGCUUUUCCAACCUCAACAGCACUUGCCCUGCAACAGCUGAGAGGACCGAAAGUCCUGUCGUCAAGACUGAGACAACACGAGCAAAUACCUCUCUCGACUGGCUUUUUGACAUGCCCCCCUCCCCCCCUCACAGAGCUGCACCGCCAUCAUCGUCACAGGUGAAUGUGAGGAAGACGAUCCGCACUCAUCAGAAGGUGACUCCCAUCAGGACCAAGACUCAGAUAUUAAACAUGGAGUAUGAUAACCUUGCUGCUCAGUUUGCCGAUGCUGUAACGACAACCACUCGUUCAGAGGGCAGGGUUAAAGGUUUGGAUUUGGAGGCCCUUCUCAGCAGUCUUCAAAGAGAUCCCUUCUCUGCUCUGAAACAGCUGCCACGUACCCCUGAGAGCCUGAUUAUGGACGUGAAGAGUUCCUGGCGUAAGGCCGUCGAGGAAGACAAAGCUAAAAGAAAUCAGCUGCAGGAAGAGUUGAAUGACAGCAUCAUAGAGGGACUCACCUCUGUCAGCGAGUCCUGCGAUGAGUUGCAGAGCACUGACACUCCCUCCCAGACUGUCCCCUCUCCUAUCACGGCUACUGUCGUGAACCACAGUGGCCUUCUUGUCUGCCAGCAGGGGGUCUUGCACAAGUCCGUUCUCUCGUGGGACACCUUCAACACAGAGGCCUACGACAGCCCGAGCGGCACAGGCAUCGGUGCGGUCCACUUCAGCCUCGACCAGGAAACUCUCCCUGAAAUUCCGGGCUGCGACAGUCUGCUGAGCCUUGACGAUGAAGCGGUGAAGAGCGAUGAUGAUGAGCUGCUCAUCCCCUCACUGAAGCCUGAGGCGAAGCAGUCGCCGUUAUACACACGUCGGCAGCAAGCAAGAAAUGAUGGAUUCUUGAUGGAAGGCAUGAGGACGCCUGACUGCCUUCUGAUAGAUCACGCGGUUUCUGGUUUGAACAGAGACUGGAUGGAGAAACCAGCAUCAUCAGAAGAAGCCACAGAUAAGGUUUUUUCACUAGACCUAGAUGCACUGAAGACCCCCUCACCUGUAAAGAAGCAGGAGUACAGCCUUCCCAAGCUGAUCACAUUCUCCCCAAUAGAUGACAUGAAAUGUUAGCUGCAUUCAGAGGAACUACUCAUCAGCCUCCACUGUCUUAAAUUGUCCUGUAAUUUUAAUGUAGACAUGUAAGAAAUAUGUAUAUCUGUAAAUAAGCCACCUGUUGUAAACUAAGCUGAUUUUCAGUGUCUAAGGCUGCUAAUUAUUAAAUUAGUGAGACAUAAACUCCUUUAAUAAAACUGCAAAAUGUGGGCUGUUGUGUGAAUGACUGAGAUUUCUGAUAGGAGUGAAUUAUCCUCUUCGAACCACUGAAUCUAUUGGAAAUUCUUGUUCCCCAGCGUUUACACUGCACUAUUGGCUGGGUUUUAACAUGUUGGAAAUAAAA